AUGUGUGACAUUCUGCAAUCUGUGAGAGAGCAGAUAUCUAACAUAGAAAAUAAUAGUACAGAAUGUGUUGAUAUUUACAAUGCAGCCAAUGCUUGCCUAGAAAAUAUGCCACUUGAGAUAAUAUUAAAAAUAUGCUCUUAUUUGGAUGCUGGCUUCAUUAUAAACACUCUUAGUAAGGUUUGUAGCAGAUUUGAUGAAAUUUUGGCUGAUAUUGGCCUCUGGAAGCACAGAGUGAGGAGUAAAGUCCAUGGAUACUUUCCACCGCUAUGUGAUAUAGAUGAAAGUUACGAAGAUAGUGAUUGGAUCGAAAUGUGUAUCGAGAUGGAGCAUGAGAGAGAGAAAUGGUGUAAUGUAGACAAGAGUACAAAACAUUUUGUUAUAAAGGAUGUUCAUUAUGCAUCUGUUGAUUCAGUGAUUUUAGUUAAUAAAGGCAAUAUAUGUAUAUCAGGAGGAAGAGACAGAUGUUUAGCUUUGUGGAAUGUAGGUGAUAUACGGCCAGAGGUAAACAACGAAGAGAGUCUCCUUAAAGACAUAAAGCCGACUAAAAUAAGACAUGAUGCUCACACAGGCUGGGUAUGGGAUCUUGCCACGGAUGAGGUUGAUAAUGCAUCUAUUGUUUACUCUGCGUCAUGGGAUAAUACAGUCAAAGCAUGGGACAUUAGUUCUGGCUUUGAAUGUAUAGAAACUUUUCCAUGUGGAAUAUCAGCGUUAUCAUUAGAGGCAGAUGGAAAGAUAGUUAUGGCGGGAUUAUACUCCAAGAAAAUUUUGACAUUUGAUUUGAGAGUCGGACAGAAACCGGUGCAUGUGUACCAAACACAUAAAGGUGCGAUACUAGCUCUCACAGCCCAUAAGGAUCAAGUUGCUUCCAUAAGUGAAGAUAAAACAUUAGCUGUAUAUGACAAAGUUGCUGGUAAAAUCGUUAAGAACGAUAUAAAAAUACCAUCAGAAAAAGCAUACCCUGUUUGCUUGAGUUGGAACACCAAUGCCAUGUAUAUUGGGGACUCAAAGGGAGCAUUACAUUUUUUUAAUCCAAAGGAUCAAUCUUUUGUCAAAUCAUAUGAACUCUGGCCCGAAUCCUGUGUAACAGAACCUCCGAAUAAGAUAGCUGAUUGCUACCAAGGUGAAUCAACACUAAUAGCUUGCUCGGAUAAAGGUGAAAUAAAAUUUAUGUACAACUCAAACCCACCAGAUGAAUACAAGACUAUACAAACAAGUACUGUGGAUGUUACUCAGCUAAGAUAUCAAAGCGGUAUACUAGCUGUGAGUACAUGUGACUCGGCCCUCGAAUUUUGGAUACCCGAAGAACGAUUUACAUCAUCCUUCUUGUAA